GUCCCUCUCCUAUCGAGUAUUUUGAUUUAGUUUCCAAGUCUUACGCGGUUGUGGCAAUUUUUUCAGUCGCGUGUGUAAAGCGCGCGCGGCUGUCGCUGUGUCCUUUCCGUUGAGUUCCGAAUUUUAUUUCGCGUUCUUUUUCCCAAUUUUUCGCGCGCUCCUAGAGCGGGCGUUUAGAAACUUUUUUUUUCAGUUGUGCAAAUUUUAGUACAAACUUUUUUCGUUACAAACUGUGUGUGUUCGAGUUGUGUGAUCGUAAUUGGAUUUUGUGACAAACGUUUGUGACACUGUGUGACUCUAAUGUUUGUUUCUUCUUUCUUUUCAAGUUUGGAUGUCCUAGAUUAAGGCACAAUACCUCAUAUCACAUGCAGGCCAAUAGACGUUACAACGUUGGCUGAUUUUGAAGACUGAACAAUUUAUUUACUAAGCCAACUAGGAUGUGACGUUCAAGAAACUAAUUCCUGGGUCGGACUUGCUUCGAGUCGCGGUGAUCAGAGUCCAGAGAUGACUACUGCGAUGGCAGCGCACCAGGAAUCGAUUCACGAAAGACUUCAAGCUGGCCCGGAGGAACCCCUAUACUUGCACCAUGCAGGAACGUGGAACACAGACGCUGCCGACCACCAGGAAGAGCACAGCACCGAUCUGUCAUCAUACUACAAUAUGCCAAAAAGAAACAAGAGAAAGAACUUCAAACCGAGAUGUGCCCCCAACGCCACAACCUUUUCCGACGAAUCAAACGGUCCAAACUGUGAACUACCCAGCCCUGUUAACGGAAACGAUAGAACAACCCCCGAUCAAGCGGAUGACGAAACAGAAGCCAACUACGCCAAAAUAGGUGUCAAAAAUUUUAGUCUAUUAAAAAGUGGUGCUGUUGACCUAAGUCGACGACUGAGCACCGAUUCAAAUGAAAACAUAGAAACGAAUUACCAAAACAACUUGUCAGAAGACAAAAAAGUGGACUCGUUCCAACGUUCGUACAUACAUAGCUUACAAAUUAAUCAAGAUGCUGAUCGGGAUCGUACUGUGUUAAACUUUAGUAAUUUACAAAAUAAAUCUUUCUGUGCCAAAAAUCCUUUUGCUAUAUCCCAGUUAAUAAAGACUAACUCGCCGCCUAGAAGAAGGGACUCAGAUUCUGAUGAUGAAGGGAAAGGCCAGGAUGUGAAUGCAAAUUCGAGAUUAGAAAACCCACAAGUUAUAGAGACCAGUGAGCCUCAACAGAAUGGGGAUGCGUCUAACGCCACGAAUAGAAUUUUAAGGGAUUAUGCAAUGAACACGAUGAAGGAGUUACUGGGUAUCUAUGGUUUGUCAUCGAAUGAAGUAGCUGACGCUAUAAGUGGGCAAAUAUUGGCACUGCAGGCACUUCAAGUACCCAAACCGUUUACGGAACUACCUCGAAGUCUGAAACGACGCCACGACUCAGGAGAUGGCACAGAGAGGAGCCUCCGAAGAUCCUCUUCAGCUACUGAGGAUGAGGGAUCUACCAACAUCACUCCACCGAAAACGCCUGACAACUAUAUUAAGUCUACCAUGCAAAGAACGCUAAAUCUGAUGAGGCUGCUAGGUAAAGAUGAAGAAGGAAGUUCAGAUGAUGGCGAACAGACCCUGGACCUCAGCGUGUCAAAGGAUGCUGAUGGACAGGAACAGUCCACGACAUCAAGCGCAGGCAACAGCGUCUCUGAGUUCGACCAAAACAUGAUGAUGAGGAAGAACCUAGAAGACUUAUCCAAUUUGCAAAUGCAGAAUUUCUUCCAAAAGCAAUCAAUGAUGGACGGCGAAGAUUCUCAAGAAAGAAAACUGCAAGCUAGUGGUCUACUCUCAGCCUUGAAUCAUUUGGACCAAGCGCGCAAGAACUCCGUGCAAACCACCGUGGAUUACUCCAGAUACGUCAAAAGGUACAGCUCAACUCUAGAAUGUGGUUCCUCAUACUGCAAAGACUUGGGCUACCGGGAGCACUUUCAUUGCAUGGAUUGCACUGCAAGAGUCUUCUGCAAGAAAGAAGAAAUGAUCAGACACUUUAAGUGGCACAAGAAACGCGACGAAUCGUUAGCGCACGGUUUCAUGCGGUACUCUCCUCUGGACGACUGUUCUGAGCGCUUCACCGAUUGUCCUCACAACCGGAGUCAAACCCACUACCACUGCAUUCAAGAUGGCUGUGAUAAGGUAUACAUAUCUACAUCGGACGUCCAAAUGCACGCAAACUACCACCGCAAGGACUCAGCCAUCCUCCAGGAAGGCUUCCAAAGGUUCAGAGCGACUGAGAACUGCUCAGCACCACACUGCAUCUUCGCUGGCCAAAGAACCACACACUUCCAUUGCAGAAGACUUGGCUGUACAUAUACGUUUAAGAAUAAAGCUGAUAUGGAAAAACACAAAACCUACCACAUCAAGGACGAGGCCCUCUCCAAAGACGGUUUCAAGAAGUACAUGAAGAACGAGGCCUGUCCAUACCGCGACUGCCGCUUCAGUCGCACCUGCAACCACAUCCACUGCAUCAGACCUCACUGCAACUACGUGCUGCAUUCCAGCAGCCAGAUCUUCACUCACAAGAGAAAGCAUGAGAGGAAGGAACAGGAGAUGAGCUUUGGUCUACCACCAUCAGUAAUCCAAAGCGCGCUGAUGCAGCAGGGCGCAGACCUCAGCAUGUACUCCCCCGGCAGCACCAUGCAUGGGGACGACGAUAUGUCCAGCUCAAUGAUGGAUGAUUAUUCUCAACCAUUUAACCAGUCCCUUAUAGACGAAGUAUCACGCAAAUACAUAGAAACCUUCAAUGGAGGCAAGGACCCUGAAGACAAAUGCAACAAAUGCAGUGCUUGCAACAAGCACUACCACUGCUUGGCUGAGGGAUGCAAGUUGGCUCAUAGUUGCCAUAACACAAUGGUGAAGCAUGUGAUGGAGCACGAACAGCAGAACCAAGUGACUGAGGCCUACUUCAUCACGUACGCGAGGAACAAUCCAUGCAGUAACUCCGCCUGCCAGCACAUCAGGGAUAUUACCCAUUACCAUUGUACUUGGGAAAAUUGUGGAGCAGUAAUUCUAUGCUCAGAAGAGCAUCCAUUUAGGCGUCUGGAACACCACCGUCAGCAUGCCAUUUUGAGCCCAAUGUCUCCAAACUUAGCGGCCAGAUUUGCGCCAAACUUUACUCCUCAACUCUCGGCACAACUACAUCCGAACAUGGCAGCGCAACUUGGCCAAGUACCGACCUUGCCAAAUCUGCCAACAAAUUUGGCACACUUGGCCCAAAUGACGCCAAGUUUAUCUUCUCAGUUGGCUCCAAACUUGCAAGCUCAGCUCAGCCUUGGUCCAAACCCUGGUAUAGUGCCACAGCAUGUAAAUCCGUCCAGUUCCUUGGAUGAAAUGUUUAGCAGGAAGAGGGGUAGACCUCCAAAGAACCGAGUUGUAGAAGUUUGGACUGAUAAUAUAACACCACAAGCCAUAUUCACUUCGUUCAAACUUCCAAAAAGCAAUCAACUACCUCCCAUCAUACAAUCACCAGUUAUAACCACUGUAGAAGAAUUUCCUCGUAUCAGAUUCCAACAUUUCGAAGUAUUUACCGUAUCAGAAUCAUGCAGCCAAUAUUAUUCGAACUGCCAAUUACGAUCAACGAGGAUCCAUCUCCAUUGCUUCAACUGUAGCUUUGCAAGCGAAGCCCACAUUACAAUGGAAACGCACAUGAGAGAAUCCCACGCGGUUAGUCCACUAUUGGACGGGUUUGAUUACUUUGUCUCUUUCGACCAAUGCGGAGGAAAGAGUUGCUUCAAAAACCAGUUGAGAUCACAUUUCCACUGUGCUCAGGGAAAUAAUUGCCCAGCAAUUUUAACCCAAUAUUCGGCAUUGGCAACUCAUAAACACGGUAGAGGAACUCCAGUUAUAAAGAGUGAGGAGCCAGAGAAAUCUUAUGAUGAAGCCAAAGAUUAUUCAAUUAAAGAAAGGGCUUCAGCUGAUAGUAUUGCGUCUAUGAAAGACCAAAUGGAUUAUGGUCCAACUAAUUUCUCGAUUAAAAAUGAGUUCGAAAGAGAUCAGGACAAUGUUUCGGUAGUAAAAGCGACGGGAACAUUUUAUCCAUCGUCUCACCUCCGAAGCAAUACAUCAUCGCCUUCACCAAGAAGCAUCUACGACGCGUCACCAUCAAAGGAGCUAAAAAUGAGAGAAUUUGAAAAGAAACCUUUUGAAGCUGCAAAAAUGCCAGGACCAACGAUACCGCCAUCAUGUCACGACCAAGCUUGUCCUUUGAACAAAAACGCUGGUGGCAUGAAUUUGCAUUACCAUUGUCCUCAUUGCAGUCAAGCGUAUGUGGACUUGAAGCUUCUGUUCAGCCAUAUGGUAAAGAAGCAUAGUAAUUCUAUGGACCCUGGACCUAUAGGAUUGGCUGCUACCAAGGUGAGCAAAGAAACCCUUGAGAGAGAGUACCCAGAAAUAUCAAUAUUACCUUCGACAGCUACAUCAUCAAACGUACAAUCGCCAUCACCAAAUCAAAGAGCACCGAAUCCAGCAGAACAAGUACAAGCAGUACAAAGUCUCCUCUUGCAGCAAUAUUUGGCAGGGGGUCGCAAAGGCAGCCUUCAAGAGCAGCUGAAGAUGCAACAGCAGUACACCGCGUCACUUGCAGGUCUGCCAGGACUUGCUCAAGUUGCGUUGUUUUCACAGGGUGCCAAUGCGUUCCCGCUAUACCCAACGAUGAUGUACCCACCAGAGUUGUUACUAGAACAAAGUCUUCUUCAAGGUCACGGUCUUCCUCCAGGCUUGGACAAAGAAGCCGAGCUGAUUGCAAAGACCAGACGCACGCACACUCCAAGAGGCCCACACAUGAGGGUGCUGAAAGACGAGCCCAUCCCUGAAGGGUACCUUCGAUUCCGGUUCAAUGAGGACUGUGGUUAUCAGCAAUGUGGUUACAGAGAACACCAAACUCAUUUCCACUGCACGAGGAAAGACUGUGGCUACUCAUUCUGUGACAAAACAAGAUUCGUGCAGCACACAGCCAGACAUGAAAGGUUAGACACUUUGAUGGGUGGCGAUUUCCAACAGUACCGAGCGAACGUAUACUGCCAAAGACCUGAGUGUCCACAUGCUUCAACUUUCGUAGGUACAGGUCAAAACAAGGCAUCACAUUUCCACUGCCUCAAAUGCGAGUUCGUGUGCACUGACACUAACAAAGUGGUGGCGCAUCGUCGCCAACAUCAGAAGCUGGACUCCAUACAAGCCGCCGGCUUCGAGAAAUUUCAACCUAGCAAAGGUUGCGGCUACGAGCCUCAAUGCAUCCACAGCAAGAAGCAAACCCACUACCAUUGUCUACAGUGUGGUUUUGCUGUGCUCGGUCUCUCCCAGAUGACGUCCCACAAGUACAAACACCAGGAAGCGAACCUUGGACCUUCCACCAGUGCGACCAACUGACCUAUUAUGCACCAGUUCAAAUUGUGUCUUUGGAUUUUUUCAUACAAGUGACUAUAUAGUGCAAAACAUUUGAAUAGAACACUAGGCCAUCAAUAAAUGUACUAUGAAAUUAAAUUUGUCUUAAUUGGAUUUUUUGAAACAAACUCUUGUGAAUAUUUGCUUAGAUUUCUAUAUAAUAUUAAACUACAUCAAAAUAUUUACGAUACUACUAUACUAAUGUUAACUAUAUUUAACAAAAGCGGACUACUAUACCAUUGUUAAAUAUGUGGAACAAAAUUUGAUCUGAAAGAGUACCCUGCAGCACUCCACGCAAUAAAAUUGUAAACGUAGUAGUAUGCUCGAAGAAAAUUCCCUCAAAAAUUGUGCCUUAGACGCAAAAUAGUUUCUGAGAUUAAAUUUUAAGGUGUUUGGUGAAUUAUGUGCCAAAUUUUAUGAAAUUAACAAUUUGUACAUUGUUGAUAAUGAAUAUGACGAAUUAUACUCAACACAUGUAUAUAGACAAUAUAUACGUAAUUCAUUUCUCAAAUAACUUUUGCAAUGCAUUUUUACAACAUGACACUUUCUCGAAGCGAAGCGAUUUUAGAAAUGAUUCUAUUAUUCUAAGUGCAUGUCAUAAGUGUGUAUCCUAAAUCCUGACCAAUGUAGAUGAUAGUUAAGAUAUAAAAGUAUUUAUAUUUAUUACUUCCCGUGAAAAAGACAUUUUUACGAAUAGUAUUAUUAAUUUAGGUUUCGUAAAAUUAUAGAGGGCGAUAACAAUUGGGUUAAGAACACCAUUUUGUGCCUCCCAGGUGAAUUCAUGACAAUACAAUCUGACUUUGAAAUAGUUUUCAACUAAAUAAAUAAUUAAAAUACAGUACAAUUCUUAUGAAUUCGAUAAAUUACUAUAAUUACUAUCACUUAGUGGAAUCAAACAACAGGCUGAUGAUGAUGAUAAUGAAAGUUUCAACAAGACAAAAAUGUUGUUAUUAAAUGACGCACUAUGUCAGAAGCAUUUAUAAAAUCUUUAGAAGAGUAAUAUAUUUUUAAAUAUUAUUGAAAACUAUUUCAAACGACAAUUAGUUUUUACACACAAAUUUAUAUAUAAAAAAAACUAUUAAACGUAUUUAAAGAAAGGAGAAAAAACCGUCAAUUUUAUAAAAUGUAAAUAAGAUUAGAUAUAUAUGAAAAAAGAUAUGUUAAUAAAAAAAUCUUAUUGUUAUACGAAUAUUGGUAUGAAGAUUAGUGUAUAAAAAAUACAAUAAAUAAUUGGGCUCUGUACAGAAAACGAGUGCUAACAUUAUGUGAUCCAUGAGGUAGCCAUAAAAUGCCAUAUUAUUUCAUUUUAAUGUUUAAAAUUAAAAUAAAGUUCUGCACUAUCAGAUCAGUAUUAGUUACAGUUAACUUUAUAACCUUUGCAUUCCUGUUUUAUUCCCGGCUACAUGUAUAGUCCAUUCCCGUAUUAGUUUUAGAACUUUUGGCGAACUGUUUCAUACGUUCUGUUUCGACGAAUUCUGUACUCUUUUCGACGAACUCGCACGUUACAGUUCCAAAAUUCCUAGCUUGUAUCAGUAUUUGUUUUAGUUGUAGACCUUUCCUAUUGUUCCUACGACUCUGUCUCAUGUCUCUAACAGUAUACUCAGUUUUUGUUUCAAUCUUAGAGGUAUUUUCUUGUGACUUUUCUUACUUUACGUUAGCAGUUCUUUCGUUAUACGAUAAAAAGGCCGUGCCAUAAAUAUUUAGUCAUCGUUUCAAUUUAUUUUGUAUACUUACUUUAAUGUAUUUAGUGUGUUCACUCAAUGUAGAAAAAUUACAUUAUUACUCUCACAAUUAUUUAAAUUAAAUAUUUUGUCGUACUCUUACAUUAUUAAGUCAAUCCUUUUUACAAAUGAUUCAUUUAAACCAAUUCUUUUGUCUCAAACUAUUUCUCUGCAAUAAAGUUUAUUCUUUCAACAUUAUUAUUGGUUGUUAUCUUUGUUAUGUUAUCUAAUUUUACGUUCACGUUUUUUAUUUCGAUUCUUUUACGUUUUCGUCUUUCACAAACUUUAAUUACUCGAGUAUUUAUGUAUCUUAGUAUUACGUAGUGUAAAUUAUUAGUGAUUAAAUAAAAUUCCUUUAUUAACGCAGUAUUGUGCCCGUACGAGUAUUACACAUGGAUUGUUUUAAAAAAUGUAUACCUACCUGUCAGUAAAAUUGUAAGGGUUUGCGUACAAACUUUUUUCACACAUUUCGUAAGUAAGUAGUAACUUUGUAUCUGAAUGCGUACGAAUUAUUACCUUAGCAGUUUGUUGAGAUUAAAAUCGAUUGGUAUGACAAAUAGUUUAGUGUUGUUUACCUCAUGAGUUUUAGGAAUUAAAUGAGAAUAUAUAAAG